AUGUUGAUUAAGAUCUUAGCGUUACUCGUGCUGGGUGCAGCUGCGUACUGUCAAGACUAUUAUCAUCACACAUCUCCUUUGAAAACAAUUGUAAGGCAUGAAACUCCAAGAUGGGAACAACAGAAUGUUUAUACUGAGGCCAUAAUUCCUGCACAAACAAAUGGACAGUAUAUCGGUCAACAGAACUAUGGUCAUUCUUCGCCCAAAAGAACACAGAGUCAAAUUACCCGUGGUCAUGAUCGGAUUCAACCAGAUAUUCCUAAUAACUACUUUGAGCCUACUCCUACUCAGGAAUACGGUCAAGCAGAUUCCUCGCAAAACUUGAACCAAAUUCCCAGCGGUCAUGAGCAAAUCUUAAACCGAGUUCCCGAGUAUCUGUUUGUACCGGCGCAAAACCCUGCUCCAGUCACUGAGACUAUCUUAAAUGAUACGCCAGUUUAUCAUGCUCUGGGUGUACAGCCUGUUCAACAAGCCCCGCGUGUUAGUUACAAUCAGCAAGUUCAGAACCAAAAUGUGGGACCCCAUCACGGAAUAUCCCACGGUGGGACGUCACACUAUCAGAGUUCUCACAAUGUCGAAUACCAUUUCCACCACGGAAGUCUUAGAAGAAACAACAACAUGCUAGCUAAAAUCUUGUUCCUCAGUUUUGUGGGUUUGGUAUUGAGUGAAGGGCAUGGAUACAAUUUUGGAGCCCACCAUGACUUAGCCAACGAAUAUAAACACCAAUAUGCUCACCACCCCAUAAGGGUUUAUGAUGAGCGUGAGGCUUCACAUGAAACUCAGUAUGCUGCUGCUCCCGAAGGGCAUGGCCAUGGAGGUCAUGCGUACUCCUCUCAAAGCAUCGUCCACCACGCCGCACUUGCUGGUCACGACCAACCUCAGGAGUCUCACAAUGAACACGUUGCCCCUGUAUAUCAGUAUGUGCAAGAAGAUGAAGCACCAGCCCACCACGCGCCAUCCCACCAAGCAGCACAGCACGAAGCACAGGCUCAUCACGAACCAGCCAAACAAUACCAGGCUGUUCAUUUCCAGCCCGCACCCGUGCAUCAGCAGGAGUCUCAUGAGUCUGAGCAGGAGCAAGGUCAGCCCCAGUACGCCCACGGUCACGAAGGCCUAAGCUACUACCACCACAGUGCUCAGCCUCAAGGUCUUGGAUUCCACCAGGGUGUUAAACUGCACGCUUCUCAUCAAGCCGCUCCCGUGCAUCAUGCUGCUCCAGUGCACUACUCUCCCGUGCACCACGCUGCUCCCGUUCAUCAUGCCGCCCCCGUCCAUCACGAAGCACCUGCCCAUCAUGAAGCACCUGCUCACCAUGCCGAUGUCCACUCGCAUGAUUCUCACGAUGAGCCCAUCGACUAUUACGCUUAUCCCAAGUACCAGUACGAGUACAAAGUGGAGGACCCUCACACCGGAGACAACAAAUUCCAGCAUGAGGUCCGUGAUGGAGACGUCGUGAAGGGAGUGUACAGUCUUCAUGAAGCCGAUGGAUCUGUCAGGACUGUUGAGUACAGUUCCGACAAACACAACGGUUUCAACGCCGUAGUGAAGCACUCCGCCCCUGGUCAUCACGUGCAGAUCGAGAGCCAUCACCACAACUAGUCAAGACUGAUUGAAAUAUUUUAUUCAUAGUCUUAAUUGUUGCUACAUGUGUACUUGCCUACCUUAUUAAUGUACGAUAAAUAUUAUAUUAUUUAAUAAUUAAACUUAUAAUGAUGUAA